AUGCCCUCAGAUAAUGAUAUCCAAACCCUUCAAGAGAUGGGUUUUAGCCGCAAACAGGCCAUUGAGGCACUAGAAGCCACUGGAAACGAUGUAACCAAUGCAAUUGCACAUUUGUUUGGAGAUUUGCCCCCGGCUCCGCCCUCCCUUCCUCUGCGAGACUCAAGCGUUCAACCUCAGACAUCGGUGCAGAUCAGAAACCCCAACGAGAUCCCGCAGUUUGUCGGCGAAUACGCAAGCUCCGCUGGCUCUGAUCCUUUUGCAGAUUAUCCAUCUCUACAAAAACCUGGUUAUUCUGAGGAGUGGGACGCAAAUGAAACUACCAUCAAGGAAUCCGACGAGGUCGACUUGGUUCAUAUAGAGGACCAGAAUGGAAGCGAGAGUGUUUCAAUUCAACAGGAAAUUGAACGCAGUGACACUCUGGACUCUGACAUGAGUUUUGCUCUUCCAGAGAACAUCAAAACUGAACGUAAUUUAUUUCCUAUGAUCCUUGCCAAGGACCAGAAGAAUAAAUGUUGGCCUCCGUUGCUUUCGAUUCUUUGCUCAUAUCUCCCAUUUGCUAAAGCCGUCUUGGAAGCUGAUGCGACUGAUGAUGUUGUGAAAGAUCUACAGAGAAUUGUUUACUUUUUUAUGCACUAUAGUGAAAGCAAACGGUGGUAUAUUGACGCAAGCCGCAUAACGGAAGCCUUCCUGCGUGAAGCAAACUUUCAGUUUAUGGAUGAAGAGGUGGUGUUGCGGAUGAUAGAGAAGCUUGUAGCCACAGUUCCCACCCUACGGGACAUCUUCGUGACAUUAAUCGAGACCUCCGACGAUGAGAACAAGGCAGACUUGAUGGUAUUGGAAGUCGAGUCUGACAGUAGAUUGCCUACAUUGUAUGAAACUCUCAACGAGAUGAUUUGGCACAAGGAUUUUUCCAUGUUGGGCUGCGUGAAGUUCGAUACCGUGGCUCCUCUCAUGACCUAUCAAUUAGUAUGUGACGAAGAAACAUAUACUACACCUUUCGAUCUCUGUGAGAUCCACUAUCCAGAGAUCUACAGCGCUCUGUAUGUUGACACAAUCAAAGAGCAGAUAGAGCUUAUCAAACAGGCACAAACUGCACACCAUGAACUGGCUAGAAAGCUCAUGGGAUUGAAUUUCUUCGAGGGGAAGCGAAUUGAUAACAUGUUGGAUGCAUCUAAAACAGCUCUCGCAAAUUUGUCGAAUGGCGUGAGUGAAGACCUAUCGUCGCUUAAGUCCCAACUCAGCGAACUUCGUACCACUGAGCUAGCUAAUCAAAGCAAAUACAAGGAAACAGCUUCACCAGAAAGGCUUAAGUCUUUCGAUAAGAUUAUUUUGGCUAAUCCUCAAUUGAAAGCCUAUAUUCUUAUUGGAGUCAUUAUUUCAGAAAGCAAAUUCUAUGUUCGGUCUAAUAAUCAAUGGAUUCAAAUGGAAGACAAUGAAGCAAUCGAAUUUGAUGAAGUGAAGGAGAUCGUCCGUGAUGUGAGCCGGAGAGGUCCUCAUGUGAUCACUCUCAUCUACGCUGACUCCACCACAUUGAUCAAGUCAGAGAACGAAAUAACAACAGAUCCAUUAGAAAGCGCCUCUAGCGACUUGAUUGAACUAGAUUCGGCAAGUCUCGAACUACAAGCUUGUAAAUCCGAAGGUUCCGCAGAGGUAACCGAGUUCCCAGAGGUAACUCAUGAGCCACAAGAACUAAAAAAAAUUGAAAAAGCUGAGGCAGAGCCCACUGACCUAACUGAAGUGCCAGAAAAAAGUCAGACCAAAGAAAAUUCAACUAUUAGGGUAAAGCCUGAAUUGGCGCAACAAUUUGCCGCCGAGGAAUCCGACGUGUCUAUCUAUUAA